AUGAUUACAUCAGAUCGUGAUCCACAAUUUUUGUCACGAUUAUGGAAGGAGAUGCAGAGCUGUUUAGUUUCGAAGCUUCAAUUCAAUAUAGCUUUCUAUCCACAAACCAAUGGACUGCUGGAACGAACUAUACAAACUCUGGAGGACAUGCUUCGUGCCCGUGUUUUGGAAUUUCAGUAUAGUUGGGAUUAUUAUAUACCUUUAAUUGAAUUCUCUUAUAAUAAUAGUUAUCACAUAUCAAUCCAAAUGCCUCCAUUUGAAGCGUUAUACGGUCGAAAAUGUCAAUCCCCUUUAUAUUGGAAUGAAGUAGGUGAAAAUAAAAUCACAAACACCGAAAUGGUUCAAGAUAUGGUGAAAGCAGUUGAGAAAAUUAAAAGACGAUUAAAAACAGCUCAAGAUCGACAGCGUAGCUAUGCAGAUAAACGACGACGACCACUCGAGUUUGAAAUAGGAGAUAAUGUUUUUAUUAAAAUAUCUCCUAUCAAGGAUGAGAAAAUACAUGAUGUAUUUCAUGUGUCAACUCUUCGAAAAUAUAUUCCAGAUCCAGCUCAUAAGUUAACAAAGGCACCAACUGAUAUUCAUCCUGAUUUAACUUGGGAAGAAAAAUCAGUCAAAUUAUUAAUGAAGGACACUAAGAAGUUUCGCAAGAAGGAAAUACCAAUAAUUCGUGUUUUGUGGCAAAAUCCAAGAUUCUACCCAUUGAUAUUGACAUUGCAUUGGAUAAUGAUUGAUAUUAUUGAUUUUAUACCAAAGUGGUGUAAUCAACUAAUGAGCUUAUAUAUUGUUACUUUCAUAUUGCACGCACAGAUGAUCAUAUUGAAAACAUUGACUUUACCUUGGGUGAAUGGACGAUUUCGGAAGAUGGCCGAUAUUGCAUCCCUUGUCAUUAUGAUUGUUGUAUCUUUGGACAAAGUAAUUGACGUUCUCUGCCGCAAGACUCUGAUUAGUUGUAUUAUUGCAUAA